AUGCGCUCAAAGUGGAUGCAGAGGAGACAUCAAAGGGCGCGCCGGCAGCCAGCAGCCGGCAGCCGCCCCCUGGAGUGCCUUCUAAUUAGGCGGCGUCGCCCGCCAGUGUUUAGCGCUCGCUCGCUCGCUGCCAACUCGCUGGCGACGACUCCGCUCCGGCUGCUCCCCGCCCCGCCCCUCUCCGCCCCCGCGGUCCCCGCCCCCUGCGAAAAACGCGCUGCGGGGGCGGCAGGCCCUCUCGGCGCGGCGUCGCGGGUGGGAGACCAGUCGCCGGCGCCCGCGCCCACCGCCUCCACCGACGGCCCCCCGCCCCCGCCCCUCGCCGCAGCUCCGGGUGCCAGACCGCCAGCCGCCCCCGGCCUUCGGGUCAUUAGUAUGGCGCCGCAACUUCUGCGCUCUGCUGUUUAA